CGCAUUUCUUUUAAUUAUUUGCCAAAAUGUUUCGCACAGCCAAACAAAUUAAACCUCUAGCUCAAGUUUUACGUGAGAAAAACUCGAGAAAUAGAUUUGUCAGUGAAUUGACCAAAAAUGAAGAACAACUAUUCAAUCGCAGUUUGGAUUCUGCCCAAACGGCUCUAUUGGAAAAGAAACCCAAUCUAAAACAAACUAAACUAUAUAUAAGACGUUCCCUAAAACGACCAGUUGAUUCUCAUAAUGAUAGCUUUACUACUUGCCAACAAAUGGAAACAAAAACUGAACUUUUUAUAAUGCCUUCACCGAAAAUGAAGGCCCUAGAAAGUAAGGUUAAGUUGAAUAAUACUAUUUGUGGUAACGUUGCGGUCGUUGGGGAAAAGCCUUCUGGCAGUUUAAGGGAUCUCAAAGAAAGUAAUAAACAAAAUAUUACGGAGGCUACGACAUCUAUAGAUCUUAUGUCACGACCUGGUCGUAAUAUGUUGGCUUUAGUGGGAAAAGUUGAUUUUGUUUUAAAAAUCAACAAAAUGUAUCCGAAAGUUAAUGUUUUGUGGGAUGUUUAUGGCAAAUUGCUAAAAAUUUCCAAAGGCAAAAAUCGUUAUGAACAUAUUUUACUUAUGCGCAAUAGUGAAGGAGAUGGUCCAAUUCUACAGUGUAUUUACUAUGAUUUCGAUAGAACUCUAGAGUCUUAUAAAAGCGAUUACCUUGUCCAUGUUGUAGGUCAUAUAACGGGUUGCAAUCGUUUGCGUAUUUUUAAAAUACAACAAAUGGAAAAACCUUUACCGACGGCCAGUUUAAUGCGCAUACAAAAUGUUAAUUCUUUUGUUUUACUACAAAAUCAAACAACUUGAAGAUUUUCUU